UAUUGGUCCAAUCCCAAGCUCAUGUCUACCCAAACAAACAUGGCCUAAGUUCUCUAAGCAUGGGUUAUAUGCUUAUUCAUGCUUUUGCAUGAACCAAAUGAUGCAAUAUUAGUUUUUCUCUUUCUGGAAAUCAUACUUUAAUUUAACUUUAGAAACUCAAAAUGUGAGCCCUUGCCUGCAGGAUGCUAAUGAGGAGUCAAAGUCUGUUACAAAAGCUUCAUCCAUGAAAGCAAUCAAAAAGCAAAUGGAGAAAGAUGUUGAUGAAGUGGGAAAGAUUGCACGAAAUGUCAAAGCAAAAUUAGAAGCAAUAAGCAAAGAUAACUUAGCCAAUCGACAGAAACCUGGAUGUGGAAAGGGAACAGGUGUUGAUCGAUCAAGGACAAAUAUGACAAAUGCGUUGACAAAAAAGUUCAGGGACCUAAUGAUUGAAUUUCAGACUCUGAGACAAAGGAUCCAAGAUGAAUACCGUGAGGUCGUGGAGCGAAGGCUCAUAACAGUCACAGGAACCAGACCAGAUGAAGAAACAAUCGACCACCUGAUAGAAACCUGUAACAGUGAACAAAUAUUCCACAAAGCUAUUCAAGAAAUGGGAAGAGGGCAGGUACUACCUUUUCUACUUUUACCAUAUUUCCCAUACUACAUGUGUUUCUGGUUGUGAACAAGUCUCGUGAACUAAAUUGUAGCUAGUCACCAGUUUAAUUAUCUUUUUACGUAUGUGUUUUGUAUAAUACAUCCGGCUACAGAUAAUUUCAACUUAAUUUGAUCCUCCUUCUAUGUCUGGUUGACUGUUGAGUUGUGGAGACUACUACUAAAAAAGAAAGAAAAAAGAAAUCA